AUUCUUUUAAAGUUUACGAAAAAGCAAGUAAAAACAAGUGUGACAUUUGAUAGAUGUGUUGUCAAAAAUGAUAGGUGUUCAUUUGAAUGUUAACUACAUAUAAAUUUAAAAUACUAAUAUAUGACUACAAAUUCUUAUAGUAUUAAAAAAUAUUAUGUUAUUUCUGAUGAUAGAUAUCCAAAAUGAGUAUAACCUUUUAGUCUCAUGAUAAACACGGAUUUAUGCUAUUCAUUUCUUAUUAUCAGAUUUUGUUUGUGACUUAAUAUCACAGAAUGAAUGCAAGUGCACCUAUUAAACCUCCACGUGGAAUUAAACCCACUAAAGAAACGAGCGGUUUACUAAUCUCAGUAAUACGAGCACUUUCUGCUUCUGAAACAAAUGAACAAAGGGAGAUUGAGAAAGCUAAAUUAGAAAAAGAAUAUAAGCGAAGUGAUCAAAGAUUAGAUGAAUUAGUUUCAUUACAUGAGCAAGAUCUAACAGAAGUUAUGCAAAUAUUCAGUACUCUAUCGGAAAGAGUUACUGCUGCAAGAGAGAAAAUUCAUGCUGUAAAAGAAAAUUUAAAUGCUUGUAAACAGUUAUUAAGUUGUAAACGCGAGGAAUUACUUAAUUUAUGGCUAGAAGGAAUAGAGCACAAACAUGUAUUGCAACUUUUAGAAGAAGCGUAAAUCCACUUCGCCAGAAAAAUAUAAUUUAGAAUAAAGCAGUAUAUAAUACUAUUUUUAGAUAUCAAAAAAUUGAAAAAGGGAAAUAAAUGUACAGUUGAAAUGUGUAAUUAUAUUAGUGGUAACAAUUAUAUAUUAUUAAUAUAUAGUUUAUGUGAGUGUGAAACAUCGCUGCUAAAACGAAUAAUGCUUUUUCACUAUAUUUUAUACUGUGUUUUAUAUCAACAACUACAUGAUAUAUAAAGGAACUUAUACUUACACAAUA